CACGGCGCUAGUUACUACUUCCUCGUCGCGGUAUUUGUGUUUUAUUUUUCGGGCUUUACAGGCCCAUACUUUUGGGUUCUCGUAAUCUAUCGUAAUCAGGGUUUUAUAUUUCUGUUUUGAGUUUUCGUACAAAUAAUUAAUAAAUAUUUGAAUAAAGGAAGAGACUGCGAAUCUACAUAAUGCUUUGAUAUUAAAAUAUCCUCGACCCGCCCUACGGCGCAACAAUAGGUGAAGGUGUAAAAAAUAUAAGUCUUCUAAAGAAACGCACAUAUUAAUACAAAGGAAGGACAAAGAAAAAUGGGACUCCAGAAUUCAUUAAAACGAUCCAGGGUGGUCCACCUUAUGUUUGCCAUUACAUUUUUCACCUCCGGCUUAAUAAUAAAUUUCUUCCAAUUUCUUUUAUACUUUGGAUUGAAACCAUUCUCCAAACAUUUUUAUCGCAAGAUUAAUUAUUAUCUCUGCUACUCCUUUUACAGUCAAUUGGUAUUCUUGGCGGAAUGGUGGUCAGGCACUGACGUAAUAUUGUACAUAGAUAAAACGGAGUUUGACAAAUAUUUCGGUAACGAGCACGGAUAUGUAUUGAUGAAUCAUAGCUACGAAAUAGAUUGGCUGAUGGGAUGGAUGUUCUGCGACCGUAUACGAAUGUUAGGCAACUGUAAAGCGUACGCCAAGAAAUCCAUACAGUAUAUCCCUACAGUGGGCUGGGCAUGGAAAUUCGCUGAAAGCAUCUUCCUGGAGAGAAGCUGGGAUAAAGAUAGAGAAACCAUAGGAAAUCAGAUACGUGAAUUGGCCGACUAUCCUGAUACUAUGUGGCUGCUACUAUAUGCCGAGGGCACUCGUUUUACUCCUGAGAAACUCAAGGCCUGUCAGAAGUUUGCGCAAGAGAGAGGUCUCCCGGUAUUAAAACAUCAUCUGACUCCACGCACAAAAGGCUUCACCGCUAGUAUUCCACACAUGAGAGGCAAAAUAGGCGCUAUAUAUGAUGUGCAGUUGGCAUUUAAACUUAGCGAAGCUGUAAAACCAACAAUGACGAAUCUUCUUAUAGGAAAUAAAGUUGAGGCACAUAUGUAUAUGAACAGAAUCCCUCUCGACGAGGUUCCUGAAGGUGAAGAAGCUGCUGCGGAAUGGCUUCAUAGGAUCUAUCAAAAAAAGGAUCGUAUGGCAGAGAGUUUCAGUCAGACAGGCGAUUUCUUCGCUACCAGCGGUAUACCUAGGACGGACAUAUUUAAACUAGAGAGAAGAUAUUAUUCUCUUAUCAAUACUGUGUUCUGGGCGGUAAUCGUACUCGUUCCCAUGCUCUAUUAUUUAGUGAAACUCUUAUUAUCAGGAUCGACCAUCUACUUCUUCGUAGGAGUUGGAAUAAUAGGUUUAUUUUUCCUGUUAAUGCACAAAACCAUUGGGAUGUCUGAAAUUAGCAAGAGCUCGUCGUCAUACGGAGCGGCGGACGCCAAGAAGGUCAAGUGAAUUUUUUAUUUAAAUCGCCUCGGAGCGGUGGGACUAAUAACGUCAUACCAAUGUUAAAAAUUAUUCUGUGCAAGGUGACAGUGAAUUUUCUCACGAUUCAUAAGACAAAGCGAUAUUUAUAACUUGACCUAUGUUUCCGCGUGUGACCACAUGGACUUCGGCUAUGUUCAGCAUAGACUAGGGAUAGACCUACUUGGUAUUAUUGCGUAAUGUAUAUGAGAAGUGUUUUUGCGUUAACACACAUAUAAAUAUUUUUUUUCUUCCCUUUUCGUAACUAUGGAGAUUGUUAUUGUUGAAUAAAUAACUGUUUAAUCCCAGU